GAGCUGAAAUCUCCCCUCCAUUCCUCAACAAAAGUCGCCGUCAGCCUUGUCUCGUUGUUGAUGAUCCAGAAGAUCAAUUCCGCAUAGCCAGACAGACGCAGAAGUUGUAUUUACUUCUGGAUAAACAACAGACGAGUCGCUUUCAACCACUCAUUAUAAUAAACCCACAUACCCCUGAACGUCUGUCCAGGCAUCCCACUUCUCGAAACUCGGAUACCCCAACUCAAUUCAAACCAUUCAACCUCAUCAAUCAUUUCAUCCACAUAUACAUUUCAAUUCUCAACCAUGCCUCUCUUCACCAAGAAAAUCACACCCCCACCUAUGACGCCCGAAGAGGCCCGCGACGCGAAGGAAUUCGAGGCCUACAAACUGCAGCAGCGAACCACUGCCGCCAGGGAAAAAUACUGGAAUUGCGAUAAGAAUAAAUCGCGGGGUGGUCUCGCGAACUGGGGGCCUUGGGAACGCAUCUUUUCGGGGUUGAAGAACUGAAUUGAAUUGAGUCGAGUGGGGAGGGGAAUGUACUUGGAAAGUGAUUCAAGGAGUUGGUUGGAGAGAAAGAUGAAGUGAUGAAUUGAUACCCGGAGGAAUUGUUGGAUUUGGUCGGUCGCUUUACUCAACUAAAGUGGACAGAGUUGAUUGGGAGUCGUUCAGUCGAGGUGAAGACCUUAUGUGCAAUGGAUGGAGGCAAUUAUUUUGAUGCGUUAUGAUUAUUGUUUGGAAUUGGUCUGGGGAAUUUUGAGAUAUUAUGGGCUUCGAAUGCCUUCUCUAGGGGAUGAUGAGGAUAUGCAGGCAGGGCCUUUGAUGAUGGGAAUUCGGCUGGGUUCAAGGACAGUCAGAAUCAUCCCUGACUUCAGUAUCUCCUAAUCUGGGAUCUUUCCGAAGUUCAGCAUGAUCAGCACGAAUGUUCUGUAUCUCAGCUCUGGUUGCAAAGAUGCACUUCGGGAUGUCGGUCUUGCCUGGCUCGGUCAGCCUAAUGGAAAGAGGGCGACAUUUCUAGGGCUUUUAUGGCGUCAAGUUGGAGAUGAUACCCAAUAGAUUAAUUAAUGU